UGAGGUGAAGAAAAAAAUCAAUACUUCACCUCCCAAAACAACUCAAAUGAUACUCGAGGCAAUGUUAUCACAUUUCCAACAAAAUAAAAUACACUAUUUAUCAAUAAAAUAAUCGUAAAGUUUAUUCAUAAUUUAACAACAAAACAAUUAAAAAAUUACAUGAAAUAAAAAAGAUAAAUAAAACAUUGAUUUGAUUUGAUAAAUAAAACACAAUAGUGCUGUGAAAAAAAUACAAAAUGAAACGUAAAAAAAGUGUAUUUUAUAUUAUUUAAAAAAAAAAAAACAAUUACAUUAGCAAUUAUUAUAAACAAACAAUUUAUUUAUUUAUUAUUAAUUAUGUUUUUUUUUUGUUUUAUUUGUGAUGAUGAUGAUGAUUUAAUGUUUACAAAUAAUUUUACGAUAAUGAUACGAAGGGAACGUACAAGAAAAGACAGGCAUAUUUAUGGAAAAAUAAAAAUAACGUAGAAAUUUUUUUUAAUUGAAAAAGUAAAGGAAAAUAGAAUUUAUUUUCUUUUAUUUUUUUUUUUUUUUCAUUUGUUAUUUAUUUAUUCUAUGGAGUUACAUAGAAUGGAUCAAGAAGACUGUAUCAGAAGAUCACAGGCAUCAUCAGCAAGAAGAUAUCCAAAUGUAUACAAAAAAGAAAAUCAUCCAUCACCACAUAUAAUAUCACCAAAAAUAGAGCCAAUAAAUAAUCAACAAAAUCAACAAAAUCAACAUGUGCCACGACAAAGUGUUCGUAUUGCUGUUUAUUUAAUGUCAGGUGUAUUUUUAUCAAUGGAAAUUGAACGUAAUACAACUGUACAACAAAUACAAACAAUAUUACAAUCAGAUAGUGAAUUGGGUUUAUCAAAAUUGUCAUCAAUAAAUGGACAAACAAUAUUUUCUCUAUGGAUGUGUUCAUUACAACUUGAAUUACAAUUACGACCAAAUCAUAGGCCAAUUGAUAUUGCAAAUAAAUGGAAUAAUUUAAUUAAAAAAUAUGCUUUACAUAGAAAUAAUUAUGAUGAAGAGCCAAUAUUAUAUAUGAAAAGAAAUGUUUUUUUAACAAGAAGAGAUGAAGAACAAAUAAAAGAUCCAAAAGUGCUGGAAUUACUUUAUGCUGAGGCUAAACAAAAUGUUCUUGAAGGAAGAUAUCCUUGUGAAGGACAAGCAAGAUAUGCUAGCCUUGGUGCACUUCAAGCAAGAAUUGAACUUGGACCAUAUAAUCCACAAACUCAUACACUUGCAUAUUUUAGAAAACAUAGAAAAAAAUUUCUACCAAAUCAUCAAACAUGUCCAAAUUUUUUAACUGGUUUAGGUUUUGGUCUUGGUAUUGUUGGUGGUAAGGGGGCACCAGAAGCACGUUUACUUGAACAAUAUAAAAGAAUACCAAAUCAUGCUGGUACAAAUACAAAUUCACGUAAACUUGUUAGAAAAUAUCUUGAAUUUUGUUGGGGUUUACCAAGUUAUGGAGCUGCAUUUUUUCAAGGACAAAUUGAAAAACCAGUACGUGGUCUUGCAUCAUGGAUUAUGAAUCGUGAUUUAAGAGUAUUAAUUGCAAUUAAUAAUACUGGUGUUUAUAUUGUUGAUGAUUUUGAAUGUAGCUUAUUACUUGGAUUAAAAUAUUCAGAAUUAAGCUGGGAAAUGGCAAAACCAUCUGAUGAAAAUAAUCCUGAUUGUUUGCCUUGUUUAUUUCUACAAUUUCCAGUUCGUGAAAAUGGAACUCGUGUUUUUAAAAUACUACAAGUUUUUUCAAGACAAGCAAUAAUGAUGGACACAUUGAUUUCGGGAUUUGCCGAAGAAUAUCGUCAAAUUGAUGAAACAAUUGAUACCACCACAAAUCGAACCGAAGCCACUGUGAUAACAAAUACUGGUAGUUUUACAAAUAAACUCAGUAAAUUCACGUUGGCCACUUUUGAUGAUCAAGGUCAUUGCAUUGGACAAAUGGGAUCUUGGUCUUUUCAAUGAUAUUACACCCUAUUUUCCUGUGCGCACGUGUUGAUGACCAAAGUUAGACAUAGAAUAAUCGUGAUAUUUAAAUAAAAAAAAAGAAAAAAAAAAAUAAAUAAAAAGACUUUCCGCGAGAAUGUAUUUUCAUCGAGAUAAAAAAGAAAAAAAAAAAAAAAAAUGACUGUUAAUUAAAUACCAUUUAAAAAAAAAACCAAAAAAUUAUAUAUAAAAAACAAAAAUUAAAUGAAAAAAUUUUUAUUUGAAAAA